UUUUAGUAACGAUAUAGAAAAUUGUGUUUUUAAGUAUAACAUUUAACUUAUUUUUUAAGCAAUUUAGUUUAGUGUUGUGUUUACUUUGAAGUUAAACUUUUUAUGUGGUCGUGUAAAUAUUGAAGUUUCUUUUGUCCCUUUUUAUUUACUGAUUUUAAACCUAAAAAAUGCCGUGUGAAGUUUCAGAAGAAACAAUUCUUAAGGAACUAGAAGAAUUUAGCUGUAGUGUAACUGACGAAAGUGUCUUAACAAAAAUGAAAGAGUUGUGCUUUGUGUAUCAGUUAGAUGCAGAGCAGAUGGUGUCAAAUUGGGUUGCUUUUGCUACAACCAAAAAUAUUGACAGUGAAGUUACUCUUGAUCUUUUAAACCAGCUCGAAAGAGAGGAAUUGAACAAGAAAACAAAAACACCAAAGUCAUCACGAAGAAGUCAGAAGGCCCUACCUGUGUACAAUGCAACAACUAUUGAUUUGAUAAAUAGCAGCAUUGAUGAUGAUUUAAUUGAGGGUUAUGGAACACCUACAGGAAGACUGAGCUCACAAGGUCAAAAGCGAAUCAGAACACCAGAGAAUGCUGUUAUUAAAAGAUUGAACUCAGAAGGCCGCAGUCCUGGUCUCCCUUUCUCACCGGCUUCAAUCUCACCUGGAGGUGUCACACCUUCAACUAAAUAUGGUAAUCGUACUACAUCUGGAGAUAUUGUUAGCUUGUUUGGUAGUGAAGGGGAUUCAGUAUGGAAGUCAAGCAAACAACAGAGAUGCUCUAUAAAAUAUUAUGAUGAGGAGAAUUCCCUCAAAGAAAAGUACUCUUACAUGUUUGAGAAGUUGCGGGAACGAGCCAGUGUUUUGAAUAAUUGUAUUGAAGAUAUGACUGCCUUUCUACAAAAGGAGCAUAAGGUCGAAGAGUGGUCACACAUACGUCUUCCCAUGCCAGAAGAAAUUACUGUAGUGGGAAGAGUGGUAUGUGAUGGUAAUGGUAAGCUUAACACAAGCUCAUUGAUGUUAGAAGGCUCCAGAGAAACAUGUUCUGGUCAAACUGUUCAACUGGAUGUUAGUAACUUAAAGGAGUAUUCCUUCUUUCCUGGACAGAUCUUAGCUGCACGAGGAAUCAAUAGCCAAGGAAUGAAGCUAGUACUGAAACAUCUUUAUCAAAAUGUUCCCUUACCAUUUCCAGAAUGUUCUAUUACACAGAGUGAGAGGUCAGAAUCACUUCAACUGGUGGUAGCAGCUGGACCAUUCACAACAUCAGAUACACUUUCCUAUGAGCCUUUGCACGAUCUCAUUCAUUAUAUUAAAGAGCAUAAACCUCAUGCUUGUAUACUUAUUGGUCCAUUUGUUGAUGCCAAACAUGAAGAAAUUGAGAAAGGAAGCAUGAAUGAAACGUAUGAAAAUUUUUUUGAACAGCAAGUAGAGUCCAUGGCACUUUCAUUGGAGGAUACUGGAACACAGUUAAUUCUGGUGCCUUCUAUUCGAGACAUUCACCAUGAGUUCAUUUAUCCAACACCUCCAUUUACUGUCAGAAAACAGUUUGAAAAUAUCCACUAUGUAUCUGAUCCAAGUUUAUUAAAUAUUGACGGUGUUGUCAUUGCUGUAACAUCAACAGACAUUCUGUUCCACCUGGGGAAAGAAGAAAUAUCUUUCCGUCCUGGAACUUCUGAUCGACUUGGUCGUCUAGCUCAUCACAUUUUAUCUCAACAUUGCUUUUAUCCACUCUACCCACCAACAGAAGAGAUGUGUAUAGACUAUGAAAAUUUUGAGUUGUUUGCUAAACUACCGGUCAAUCCACAUAUAUUGAUAUUGCCCUCUGACCUCAGGAAUUUCAUAAAGAACGUUGAUGGAUGUUGUUGUAUUAACCCUGAACGACUGACCAAAGGACUUGUCGGUGGAAAUUUUGCACGUAUUCAAGUGGCUCCACUUAAUCCUUCAGAAUCAAGAAGUUCAAUAAUUUCCAAUAUUAAAGCAGAAAUUGUGAAAAUUUAAUUUAUAUUUUUCCUAUUUGUUUAGUCAUGAAAAUUGGUUGUCUAUGAAUGUAUCUUAGCUUAAGAUUUAAUUUUCAUAAAAUUAUGUGGGUCUGUAUUGUUUAGACUAAUCAUUGACAUUACUUAUUAACUAGUAAGAGCCAGGUAACUUGUAUGAUAAUAUAAUAAUUUUCAUGUAAAUCUAUAUGUAUUAAAAGCACACAAUAAAACACCAAAGUGUUGAUUUGGUUCAGUAUUUAUCAUACUUCAUUAAACAUAAUUUCCAGAGCAUUUAUUCUUGCUAUUGGAGGAGUUUUAUACUUUCACAUCUGUAACUCUUAAUGUUAAGCACUGUAUUUAGAAGAGUAAUAUUUAAUAUUUGAGCUUAACUUUUCAAAUUAAAGAUGUCAGAAAAUCUGUACUCUUAAGGUAAAGUUUUAUUUUACUAAGAAUUCAAGGCUUAAAGCAGAUUUUGCUUGUAUUGAUAAAUAAAGGUAUUCUGAAUUUUUUCAUCUCAUGCAAAUAAUGAACAUGGCCCAAGAUACUUGGGGUUAGUUUUAAACCAGUUUCAGAUCCUUGCACUGUUAAUUUGUUUAAAAAAAUAUUUUUUAGAGCUGAAAAGUAUGAUGAAGCAAAUUAUAAAUAUAUCAUGAAAACACACUCAAUCCAAUAAUUUGAAAGCUAUCCAAAGUUCAAGCCUCACAGAAAAUUUUCAUAUAGGGAAACAAACAGAACAAUUUUCAAAGAGGUUUUGUUUUAUUGUUAUUUAAUGUAACUAAAACUAAAUUUCUAUUGAGAAUUAUUAGUAUGUUAUUGUAAUAGUUGAGAAUACAUUAGAAACUGUAUACUCACAGUAAGAAUUGCAUUGUCAUUUGGUACAAACAAAAAAAUCUGCACCUUGUGUCAAAUAAUUAAAAACAACCUACUUUUUAAUAGGUACAAUCUGAAGAAAGAAAUAUUUUGUUAUUUCUAUUCCACGUAACUAUAUAACUACAAAAUGAAUACAAGUGUAGUUUUACAGAUCCAAUAACACACUGCUGAUUUAAUAACACCAAUUGUUUGGAAGCAAUUUUUAGCCAUGCAAAGCAUCUUAGUAUGCACCAAAAAAGGAAGGGGGAGAGUUCAGUGGAUUAAGUCUAGACAAGAUAUAGAAUAGGGGAAAACUGUUCUAAACUUCUCAGUUGUGGUCUUUAUAUAACAGAUAAUAUGGGGUCUGACAUUACUGUGUUGCAAAAGUAUAUAUAGAACUAUAUGGACAUUGAGCUGUCAGUACCAACUCCAAUAUACUCGUAUCCACUGUACAAGAAAUAAUACUUUUUUCUGAAUAUUCCUUUUACACAAGCAUGAAAUGAAUUAUGUUGAACGAUCUGAAGCAUUUAUAUGUUAUCUAUAUGUUUAUAAAAUGCUGUAUUUAAUAAUAAGUUUGUUUGUAUGGCCUAUA